CACAUCGGCCGGUGAUAAUCCCCCACGUCAUUGGAGCCGGGAUUCAGAUCCCUUGCAGCCCACGGCCUCGAGCAGCCGGAGCGCGAGCUUCAAAAGGCCCGUUGCGACCGCAGCCGUCUUCCACUCGAGCGACGAGCCCGCCUUCCUCGACGCCAUCAUGGAAAAGGUCAAGACUUCAAAGGUCGCCCACUGGGCAAACAAGCUCGCCGUCGAGAGCGAACCCAACCUCACCACGGCCCAGCUGAUGCUGUUCAACCAUGACCUCAAGCCUGUCGAACCAGAACGCCGACAAUGGGGCGCUUGGAAUUUCGUCGGUUUCUGGGUUGCCGACUCGUUCAACAUCAACACGUGGAUGAUUUCAUCCGCAAACAUUGUCGACGGUCUCUCGUGGUGGCAAUCGUGGAUAUGCGUUUGGCUCGGCUACUCCAUCGCGGCUUGCUUCGUCUGCAUGACUGGCCGCAUCGGUGCGACCUAUCACAUCUCGUUCCCCGUCGUUAACCGCGCUUCUUUUGGCGUCUGGGGUGCGUUAUGGCCCGUCUUCAACCGUGCCGCCAUGGCCAGUAUCUGGUAUGGCGUGCAGGGAUGGAUCGGCGGCGCCUGUGUGCGACUGAUGAUUCGAGCCAUCUGGAACAAUUGGCGAAAUGCCGACACCCCCGGCGGAGGUGGCAUUAAGAAUGGUAUUCCCAACUCUGGCACCAACACCGUCGCCUUUGUGUCCUUCUUCCUCUUCUGGGCUGGGUCGCUGCCCUUCAUCUACCCGCCCGUGCACAAGAUUCGCCAUCUGUUCACGGUAAAGGCCUUUUUCGCACCCACUGCUGGAAUCGCCUUCUUCAUCUGGGCCGUUGUACGCGCAAAGGGACUGGGCCCUAUUGUGCACCAGGCCGGCGAGGCCAAGGGCUCUGAUCUGGGCUGGCUCAUGGUCAAGGGCAUCAUGAGUGCCAUUGCCAACUUUGCCACGUUGAUUGUAAACGACCCCGACUUUGCGCGUUUCGCCAAGAAGCCCUCCAACGCCUUUCUCCCCCAACUCAUCACCAUUCCCGUUGGAUUUGCCGUGACAUCCUUUAUUGGUAUCAUUGUGUCUUCGUCGUCUACCGUCAUCUUCGGCAAGGCCAUCUGGAACCCGUUGGACCUGCUUGAGCAGUUCCUCAACGAAGGCGGAUCGGGCCAGCGCUUUGGUGUCUUUGUCAUCGCAUCGGCCUUUACCCUCGCCCAGCUCGGCACCAACAUUGCCGCAAACUCAAUCUCGGCCGGCACCGACAUGACAGCCCUCGCCCCGCGCUGGAUCAGCAUCAGGCGCGGUGGCUACGUUUGCGCCCUCGUCGGCCUCGUCAUGUGCCCCUGGAACCUGCUCUCCGACACCAACAGCUUCACCACAUACCUCUCUGCCUACUCCGUCUUCCUUUCGUCCAUUGCCGGCGUCAUGAUCUGCGACUACUAUGUUGUCCGCAAAGGCUACCUGCAGAUCAAAGACCUCUACUCUGGCAAGAAGACCGGACCCUACUACUUCACCUUUGGCUUCCACUGGCGUGGCUACGCAGCCUACAUUGCGGGUGUUGCUAUCAACGUCGUAGGCUUUGCCGGUGCCGUCGGCCGCAAAGUUCCCAUUGGCGCCCAGCGCAUCUACGACCUCAACUUCUUCACCGGCUUCCUCGUCGCAAGCAUCACUUACUGGGCCCUAUGCAAGAUCAGUCCUAUUCCCGCCACCAGCGAUGUCUGGAUGGAGGUUGGCGACGAGAUUACCGAUAUCAGUGUUGCCUAUAAUAGUGAUGACGGCGAGAGGUACGAGGUCAUGCAUGGCGGCAAGGGAAAGCCCGAUGAGGAGAUUGCGCAUGUCAAGGAUUUUUGAUGAUUUGAUGACUUAUGACUGUUUUUGUUGUUUUGUACGCGUUGUGUAGAGCAAAGACAUGCAUUGAAAGACAUGUAGAGACAGAUGGAGAUAGAUACCAGACCACACACACACA